AUGGCCGUCGCGACGCCAAUCUCGCCGGCUGGGCAGAUUGCUCAGGCCCUUGUAGACUUCUCUGUCGAGGGAGCAUUUCCUGAAGAGUCGGUAUCCUCCUUAACGGUAGACUCAGAUGCGCUCCCAGCAGCCAUUGAAGCACUCGCCAGUGCAAAGGCCAAGCUCCAGGCCGAGAUACACACCAUCAACGAAGAAACCGCCGACGAUGUCCAAACAUGGAAAACGAACGCCCAAUCGGUCCAAGAUGACAUUAUUCGGUCAAAGGCUCUAGCGAACAAUAUCCUGAAACAGUCGGAAGCACCACAGGCGUCAGGGAAGGCCAUUGAGGAAGCCGAAGCAAGAGCUGCUUUUCUUGCCCGCGAGUUGGACUACAACACACAGCUGAGAAACGCUUUGAAGGGAAUCAAGGCGGUUAACCAAAUACUCGACCAAGUUGAGCAAGCCCGGGACGAACGCCGUAUUCUCGAUGCUCUACAUCUUCUCGAACGAUCAUGGAAAGAGCUCGAUGCUGUACCCGUCAACAAAUCUUGCCGUGCUAUCAAACUCCUUGAUAUCAGAGCCUUUGAGCUCAAGUCGGACGUCCAUCAAGUAUUUGAUCAUGUGUGGAAUGCUCUAAUACACGUUGGUAUCGAAGGUCACAAGGUGUCAAUCAGCGCCACGAAGCAGGACGAACCCAUGAGCUUAUCUGAUGCCGUCAUUGGCCUCAAGGCAUACCAUGAAGUUGAUCAGCGCGCAGCCCAGCUAUGGCACGAUGUCGACAAGGCCAUUCUUACCCCCAGGCUCGACAUCAAGCAAGAACGUUUGCCCAGUAUCAUGAUUAAUGAAAACACCUUGGAGUUAGGAGGAACAUCCGAUAAGUCCAUUGAGGCUGUGUUCCGAGAUUUAGAACAGGUAUUUGCCUUCCUGGUCGAAAAGCUGCCGCCAGACCUGGUUGAGACCAUCUCAACUGUCUUACUACCAGGCCUUAUCCCAACCAUCACCAAAACCUGGCUCGACCUGGCUGUUCCAUCCUCGCUGGAGGAAAUGGAUAGAUUUCAAGCGACAAUAACGACGACAAAGGGCUUCUGCACCACUCUUAAAGCGCUGGGGCUGUCACAUAUCAACGAACUACAAGAGUGGACCGAAAGUGCACCUAGAGUGGUUUCAAAGUCGGAGGGCCAGCAGUUGGCCGCCAAUGGAGCCACGGUUACCGAAGACGAUGGUGGCUGGGAUGCGUGGGGAUCCGAUGGCGAGCAAGAAACUGGCGGGCAACAGACCAGUAAGCCGGUUGCGAAAAUAUCGGUCACUGAACCAUCCGCUGACGCUAUUGAUGAUGCGGCUGAUGCCUGGGGCUGGGGUGAGGAAGACUCUGAACCAGAGAGGUCGGAGGAACCUCAGCAGAAGAAGCAAAAGCAGGAGGAUGAUGAUGAUCCUACCGAGGCCUGGGGUUGGGGCGAUGAAGCUCAGAACGGCGAUACUGUACCUGAGCCAGCACCGGCCGCUCCAUCGUCUUCGUCAAAACCACAGACACGGGAGUUGACUUUCAAGGAGACCUACAGCAUCUCAUCCCUGCCACAGCCUGUUCUGGAUUUGAUAGCAUCUCUCGCUGAAGACGGAGCAGCAUUAACACAGGGCGACUAUGCCAACAGCCCUGUUGCUGCUGCUGCCGCCGGACUCUUCAGUCUUCCCACUCUUGCGCUAGCUAUGUUCCGUGCUGUUGCCCCCCACUACUACGCUCCAGAUGUUGGCGGAAACAUGUUUCUCUACAACGAUGCCACCUACCUGUCGGAGCGGCUAGCCGAGUUCGCCGAGGAGUGGGUGAAGAGGGACAAUAUCAGCACACGGGCGCAAACCAUGCUGAGACUGGAUAACGAUAUCAAGUCCAUGCAAAGCUUCGCAAACCGCGCUUAUAGCAACGAGAUGAGCAUCCAAAAGACCGUGCUCAGGGAUCUACUAGGGGGCGAACAAAACCUCAUCCAACAAGACGACACCGAAUCAUGCGUCUCCGCCGCCGUUGCCCGCGUGCGCUCCCUCGCCAUCGCCUGGGAAUCCAUACUCUCACGCUCAGCCUGGCAACAAGCCGUCGGCUCGCUCGUCGACGCCGUGGCCAACAAGAUCAUUGGCGACGUCAUGGAUCUGCCAGGUAUCGGCCAGGACGAGGCUUACAACAUUGCCAACCACAUUGGUACCGUCACGAGCUUAGACGAUUUAUUCCUCCCGAGCCGCUUUGCCACAGACUCCAAUGCUACUGCUGCUGCUUCUCCAGAAACUGAAGUCCCCACAACGGCGCAGUACGCGGGCUCGUGGUUGCGUCUCAAGUACCUGUCGGAAGUUCUGCAGAGCAACCUCAAGGACGUAAGGUAUCUGUGGCUGGAGAGCGAGCUGAGCUUGUACUUCUCUGCGGACGAGGUGGUGGAUUUGGUCAAUCUUAGCUUUGAGGAUAAUCCGCGGACGAGGGAGGUGAUUAGGGAGAUUAGGGCAAGGUCGAAUCCUCUUGGGUGA